AUGGAGGAUCCGGAAAUCGUCAACUCGCCGCCCGACCCCAGCACGCUCCCGGAGGCGGGCAACGACCCGGGCGAGCCAGUGCGGCCGGAGGUAGACGAGGAGAACGCGACGCCGAACCCGUCGACGGCGGCGCCGCAGCAGGACAUGGAGCUCACCGAGGCGGGCCAAGGGACGGGCUCGGCCGACGCGGAGGACAAGGGCGACAACGACAACGACAACAACCCCGACGACGAGGACGGGCCGCUCUCGGACGCCGAGUCGGACCUGUCGGACCUGGACGAGGCGCAGUUUGAGGAAUUCGACCCCAACGCCAUCGCGCUCGAGGACCACCCGGCCAUCGCCGUCGACGAGAGCAACGUCAACCUGAUCGGCGUGCACAAGCGCAAGCGCGCGGACGCCGAGGCGGGCGAGGGCGGGAAGAAGAAGAAGAAGAGGGAGGGCAGGCGCGACAAGCCGAGGAAGAGUCGGAAGAGGCGGGGCGAGGAUGGCGACGCGGGCCUGAGCGGCGCCGAGGAGGGCGGCGCCGCGGAUGCGGUCGAGCGGCGGUCGAGGCGGGCGCCGAGGAGCAGGCCGGAGCCGACGGAGGAGGACUGGGAGAACUUGACGCCUUCUGAGAGGCGGAGGAAGGCUCUGGACGCGAAGAUGGACGAGGCGCUGAAGGGUGGCAAGAAGAAGUCCCGGAAGCAGCAGGGCAUCGACCUCGAGGCACAGGCUGAUGCCGAGAUCGAGGACAUGCGCCGUCGCAUGACGGAAGCCGCACAAGCCGACAAUGAAGGCCGUGAGCGCGGCGAGCCUGCUAUCCACAAGUUGAAGCUACUUCCUGAGGUUGUGGCUCUCUUGAACCGCAACAACCUCCAGAAUAACCUUGUCGAUCCCGACAUCAAUCUUCUGCAAGCCGUACGGUUCUUUCUUGAACCGCUCAACGAUGGAAGCAUGCCGGCGUACAACAUCCAGCGUGAACUCUUCACGGUGUUGGGCAAGCUACCCAUCACAAAAGACUCGCUUGUUGCCAGCGGCAUUGGCAAAGUCAUUAACUUCUACACCAAAAGCCCAAGGGUUGAGAGCACCAUGAAGAGGCAGGCGGAAAAACUGAUCGGAGAGUGGACGCGUCCGAUCCUCAAACGGACUGACGACUACCGCAAGAAGGAGGUCGCCGAAGCCCACUACGAUCCCAUGCGCCUUCCCGACCGCACCGCCGCGUCCAAGGCGGCCGCCUCACAGCAGGCCGCGGCCGAACGCCGCGCCAAGGCCCUGGCUCCGCCGAGCUUCAUGAACCGCGCCCGCCAGGAGGGCCAGCUGCGCACCUACACGGUCGCGCCCAAGAGCAACGUCGUCGCCAACGCGGCGCCGGUCAAGAGCGUCAGCCAGACCGAGGCGGCGCGCCGCCUCAAGCUGGGGCGUGCGGGUGGCAGGCGCGGCUGA